UGCCGCACUCACACUCACUCAGCAUCGCGUCUGUCCUCUAUUGUCAUGCUAAACUGGUCGGACACAGAGAGGACCGACCGCGCAUCAUCCUCCUCCUGAUGCUUUGUCAAUGGGACACUAAAUAAAGGGUGUACUCUUUCUUUUUUUCUGUUUCAACCACCCAGAAGAGGCAAAUCACAUGAAGAACAUGCUGCCAGAAAAGACUGCAGGACCCGCACUGUCCCUCAGCACGGACACAACAAAGUUUCAUUCCAAUGGCGGCACAUUGGUUGGAUCCUGUGUUCGUGGCACACGCUCCAAGGCAGAGCUUCAGGAGUUGAUGGAGAGCUUGCAGCGCAGGAAGUCCGCUCUGGAGGCCAGCUUAAAGGCUACAUCUGACCGCGGUUACCUCACCUUAUCCCCCCCUCCCAGUCCCCAAUCAGCUUCUUCCUAUCUACAGGACCGUCCACCCCUUUCUAUUCGAGUUCCCUCCCCUUACACACCCUCCAGCAGCCUGAGCAUGCCACCAUCACCCCACCAAUCAGAGCGCCCCAUUAGUCCAGUCCCAAGCCAAACCCGUGGCCGGCACCAAUGGCAGGACAACCUGUUGAUUUGCCACCCUUUAGAAGGACGAAAUCCCAACACUGCCGGCUCACUCCUUUCCAUGUGGAACGGCACGACUGACGCUCUUCCUUCAUCCCGCCGAGGUCCGAGUGGUGCAGCCAGCAUGCCCUCCAGCCCUCGCUUGGGGCGCAGACUGCUAACACGAGACGGGGAGUCCACUGUUGAACCGUUGCUCCGCCAGAGGAAAUACUCCACCGGCUCUCUGAAUGGCCUGGGCGGACACAGUCUCUCUCUGCCCAGGUUGUAUCGAGGAGACGCCCCAGUGCUUUCUUUGCCACCCCGGCGUACCACCAAACCACGCCGCAGCCUCCCAUCCUUGGAGAAACCACCCGAUGUGACUGUGAUAGCCAACGUGACCAGCGGCUCUCGCCGGGCCAGCCUUUGCUCUGUGGGAUCGGCCCCAUGUUUGGAUCUAGGAGUAGGGGAAAGGCGGUUGUCGUUUGGUAAAGGAGGCCUGGGGCCGAGAAGGGGCAGUAUCAGUUCUCUCAGUGGAAAAGAAGAGCUCAGAGAUUAUCAUCAGAGACAAAGAGAUGAGAGACUUCGAGAACAGGAAGUGGAAAGACUGGAGCGCCAGCGUCUCGAGACCAUCCUGUCCCUGUGCUCUGAGCUGGGCCGGUCCGAUCUGUGCCAGGUGGAGACCGAUUCGGGUGUCUCGGCCGUGUCGGACCUGCAGAAGAUCAACCGAGAGCUGGAGAAGCUGCAGGUGUCCGAUGAUGAAUCUGUGUUCUCGGACUCUGCGGCGGUGUCUCUGGACAGUGGGUAUCUGGGUAAGGGUCGGACGGAGAUACUGACUCAGAGACAGCGCAGACUCAGCGGACACAGGGAGACCAGGCCUCAGUCACCCACCACCAGCCUACGAAGCUCAGCGCCCUCUCCACAUCUCCGCAGCAAGCAGGUUUCUGAAGACAGGCAGCUGAGGCAGGAAGUGACACGUAUAGAAGAGGAGAGGAUUCAGGUGUUUAACAACAUCGAGGAACUUGAACAGAAGAUCCGAGAUCUAGACACACAGAUGGACGAGUCUAUCAGAGAGAUGGAGGUGGAGAGAGCUCUUUUAGAUGGCGAGCAGGAGGCAGAGGUCACUCAGCUACAGAGCGAUAAAGAAACGCUGGAGCAGCUCAACCAAAAAAUGGGGAACAUGGAGAAAAACGCUCAAAGAAAUCACACUCAGGACAAAGCCUGGUUGGAGGCUGAGAGAGUUAAAGUAGAGAGACUAGCUGAGCUGAUUUCAGAGCAGAAGACCCAGUUGGACACCUGUCCUGAAGCACUGAAGGAGCAGCUACAGAUUCAGCUAUCCAGGCUCUGGAAAUACCAUUUUUUCUUGUUGGACACUGAAGCUUUAGAAGCGGAAACGAAGCGUUUUGAAGAUUUGGAGUUUCAGCAGCUGGAAAAAGAGAGCCAUCAAGAUGAAGAGAAGGAGACGCAGACGCAGCAACUCCUCAGAGAGAUUGCAGAAUAUCAGAGAUCUGUUGUCACUCGCAAGGAGAGGCUACUUACCCUGAAGAAGCAGUCGACCCAGAUUACCCAGCAGGCACAGCGGGAAAAGGAGAACUUCUUGAAAGAGAAGAGCAACCUCAUUUAUAUGCUGCAAAGGGAACGAGAAAACCUUUCAUCUUUAGAGAGGAAGUACUCUGAGCUGACAGGUGGUCAGGCAUUUCCUCUUAACCCUGUGUCCAUGAAGGAGCACUUUCGCUCUCUGGAGGAGAGGAGGCGGAGUAACGGCAGUAAAGAGGGCGGAGUUCUGCUGAGUGACAGCGGGAUGUCCCGUAAAAGAGAGAGGCAGAGCUCUGGGACCUUAAACUCCGCCCUUAAUCGCAGUCUGUCUCCCAAGGUCAGACAACAGAUACGGCACAUCGGAAAACCCCAUAUGCCGCUGUCUCAAAGCUCUAGCUGUGGUAGUGUACUCCCCCGCACCCUGUCCGUCACCUCCCGAGAUCUGGACACUCGCCGUCUGCUCAAGGCAGGUCAAAUGUAUCUGAAUGACGAGAGGCAGAGAUUGAGUGAGAUGUCCAAUAGAGCGGUUUCUGAGACAAACGUCUUCCUGGAGCCGUUCCACUACCUGGACAACGGACACAACUUUGACACAAUGAGCGUGGACAGUACAGAAAGCCUGGAGACCAGCAUUUCCGCCUGUUCACCGGACAACAUCUCAAACGCUAGCACAGCUAACAUGGCGAAGAUAGAGGAGAUGGAGCGCAUGCUAAGAGAAGCUCAAGCUGAGAAGAACAGACUGCUGGAGCACAGGGAGCGGGAGAUGGAGCUGCGCAGACAGGCUCUUGAAGACGAGAGGAGGAGGAGGGAGGACUUGGAAAGGAGACUGCAGGAAGAGACAAACCGCCGACAGAAACUAGUGGAGAGAGAGUCUCGUCCUUUGACACGUUAUCUCCCAGUGAGAAAGGAUGAAUUUGACCUGAGAGGUCACAUCGAAGCAGCGGGUCACCAUCCGGAAACUUGUUUUCACCUAGCCAUCACCGAGAAGACCUGCAGGGGGUUCUUGGUCAAAAUGGGUGGAAAAAUCAAAACGUGGAAGAAGCGCUGGUUCGUCUUUGACCGCAAUCGAAGGACGUUGGCAUAUUAUGCUGAUAAACAUGAGACCAAAAUGAAGGGUGUUAUCUACUUCCAAGCCAUUGAGGAAGUGUAUUACGACCACCUAAAGAACGCACACAAGAGCCCAAACACCUCCCUGACGUUCAGUGUGAAGACGCACGACCGGGUUUAUUACAUGGUGGCUCCUUCCCCAGAAGCCAUGAGAAUCUGGAUGGAUGUUAUCGUCACUGGAGCGGAGGGAUACACACACUUCCUGGUGUGAGCAGAGUUACACUUUUAUGAUUUUCUUUUAUCAGGACUGAUCGUGAAGAGUGUGCGUUUGCAGUCAUCCGUGACCUAGUUUGGAAAACUGGUGCUUUACCCACUGCGUCCUGUCCUGAGUUUACAGAGGCAGCUUUUGGACUUCAGAGGUACCAACUCUUGAAUUUUCACCCCGUUUUCUUCACUUCAGGGGUGAGACGUAGAACAGCACUGUAAAUAAGAAAUCCCUCACUGGUCCACACGCUUCACAAACGUGCCGACUCAUAAUGAAGCUUUGACAUGGAUAUACCUCAAGGAAAUAACUGGUCGUGCUUAUUAAAAAUGAGACACCAAAGUCAAAGUGUUCCUGGUGUGCCAUACAGACUCUUACAAACAUCAGGGUAUUGUUCAGUGCUGUUUUUGUAACCAACAGUACUGAGUAACUUGAAUUUAGAAAUGUUAUUCGCCAUGCAAUUUACAUUAUUUGCUUUUUUACCAAGUGCCUUAUUUUGUCAAUAUCUGAUGAGUAUAGCUAUAUAUUUUGCUACAAGACUUGUAGAAGGACAUAAACAGACUGUUUAUUAUAAGUGUUUUUUGUACUGACCUAUUGAGGGAUGCAGAAAUGACAUAUUUUUGUAGGUUAGCAUCACCCUGGUUCCCUCGACAAAAACAAAAUGGGAUUUUUAUUCCAUUGGCUUUUGGAUUAUUGCAGAAAAUAAGAUAUGUGACUAUCAAAGUUAAUGAUUCUGUACACGUUUUGUGUUCACAAAUGAACAACUGUAUCGUGAAUACAAUCGGCAGGAGUCAAAAGCUAAAUGUAGGCUAUAAACGAACUACAUGGUCACAUGACUUUCAGUCUUUGUAUAAAAACAUUUCCCUGAACUUUUCAGUUAUAAUAGUUUGCAAAAGGGCAAUUAUAAAUGAGUUUACCUGUUGUUCGGCUGAUGACGUUUAAUGUCACGGACAAUCUCUUAUUUAGCCACUUGUUAUCAGCUGCCUUUUUCAUGACUCAUAUAAGCUUUUUUAAAAAAAGUGCAUUACUGAUGUAUUUUAUGUUGUAGAAUCAAACAUGAAUAAAAAAAUCAGACCUUAUUUCAGGCAUUUAACCAAAAACCCACUUAAAAAACGCUACUGAAUUGGGAAUGAUGGAACCGGAAGUGCUAAAUGCUAUUUCUGGGUUUCGGCCUGCAAAAAUACGUCAUCCCUGCAACACUUUUUGUGCCUCCCUGAUGCUCAGGAACUUAAUUUAGCACCAAAGACGAGCUAAAUUUGUGUUUCAGCAUGAUAUGAAUGUAAUGACGUACACCCAUCAGAUAAGAUGCCAUUGAAAAGUGUUUAUUUAAUAGAUAAG